UGGCAAUAAAUUUACCUUCUUCCUGUCACUUUCUAAUAACAGUUUUUGCUCUGCUUUUUAAGUUAGUAAAUGAAUGUAAAUUGCAGUGUAUUCGUAAACAACUUUUUAGUAGUCAGAGGAAGCAUAAUUUUUUAAAAAGACUAAGAAAAGAUCCAAUUCGUUAUGUAAUCCUAUUAAUUCAACCGAUUGAAUAACUUUGUUUCUUUAAUCGUUUUAUUAGAAUGGAUCAUUUGGCUCAAGAUUUAUCUGUAGCUCUAGAAGAAUCUGAAUCUUGUGGUCCCGCCGCUUACGAAACAGCAAAAAAAUGGGGAUUCAGACGAAGAACACGGUCUACUGGAAAUUUACAUUUACCAGCUUGUAAAGCAGGUGAUUAUCACUCUGACGACAGUUCUAGUAGUACAUCUGAAAUUCGAAUUCAACAGUUAGCAAAAAAUAAAUUAAAUCAAUCAGAUUCAGAUGAACUGUCGCUUAGGUUGGCUGUUACAAAAGCAGUCAAUAAAUCCCAUUCACUAAGAAUGAAGCAUCAGAUAAAUAGUUUCUUGCGAGGACGUUAUAAUAGAUUAGGAUUGCCACUCAGUCAUAGUUUAGAAAGUGAUUCAUUAAAUGAGCAUUCUCCAGCACGCCCCAUGAGACGUAAAAGGAAACUUAAAAGAAUGAACAUUGAUGAAAAUCCUGUACCUCCCUGUGGUAAAAGAAAAAGGCCACAGCGACUGGAUGCUGUUGAAAACUAUCGUUCUCUAAGAAACAGCUUUAAAAUUAAACCUUUACAUCCUAGUAUUACCAAUAAAAUACAACAGUACUAUCAGAAUGAAAUAAAUGAAUGUAAUAUGAUGGAAACUCAAUGUAUCAAUGAUAAUUGUGAUGUUGCAAGCGAGAGCAGCUUAAGUUGGAGUGGUGGAGAAGGGCAUGAGGGAGAUGAUGAACUGACUGAUUGGGCUCCAUCAAUAGACAAUGCUAUUGAUCAAGCAUUUUGGAAUGAUAUUGAUCCCAGAGAAAUUCGUGCAGGAUGCAGAAGACUUCGCGAAGAGAGGCCAAGUUACAGCAUUAGCACAGGAGCAAAUGAAAGGGUUGCUAGGUUUCUUCAAGAUGCCACCAAGUCAGAAUUGCAUUUAUAUGGAGUUGAACGGGAAAAACUGGGCCAACUGGCUGCUCUUUAUUCUCUGGAUAUGUGGUUUGAAGAGCCUGGUUGUUCACUUUUACGUAAAACAAAACGCACACCAUGCAUGCAACCUGCCCAACGAUAUCAUAGCGGAUUCAGUGCCGCAUACAAGAAGAUCAGGACGCAUAACCAUGUCAUAUCGUAAAAAAGGAAUGAAACAAUGUUUUUAUUGUUUAUACCAAAUGAGUGUUCGUAAUUGUUCGUCAAUUUUCCGUAAUGUUCACUGUGGCAUCGUGUCAGAUUAGCGAAAAUUUUAAUCAAGAUAUUAGUGUCAAUUGGCGUUUCGUGACGUUAUUAAAGCUUCAUAGCCGAUUUUAUUAUAAUAAUUAUUUUAUCGUAGAACAAAUUUAUAAGCAUUUUUUGGUGUCUAGAAGUAUGAUUAAGAAAAACCUAAUCCGAAAUUGUGGGAUUUGCAUAUCUAAAAUAAUCUAAGGGGUGGGUAAGUAUUGUAAAGAACAUGCUAUGGUUUAAAGGAUAAACACAUUCCUCACAGUAUUUACAUAUUUACAAUUUAAUUUGAACUGUUUCUUUAAGUAAAUUAUAACACUUGUAAUUUCCAUAAAUAUAUUCAUUAACUCAUAAAAUAAAUUCAGAUAAUUGUAUUUUCACAAACAAGUAAAAGAAAUUAGUGUAUAUACUUUUAAAAGAAUUUUGGAUAGCCAGAGU